AUGUCUACGAGCAAUGAAGCUGUUAUUACUCCUAAUUCUGGUUCUGCUGCUGAGACAAAUUCCACACGACAAUCCAACGCUCAAGUUGGAGAACGAGACUCAAAUCCAUCAACAGUCAAUCCAAAUCAAGGUCAAGAACCCAUUGUUGACAAUGAGAGGUCCGGCGCUACAGGAGACGAAGAGUUUGUUGCCGGUACAUCUGGGAAUUUCCCGAUUGCCAAUGCUGCUCUCGCCUCUUGCAAUGCUAUCCUCGAGGGCUAUCGUUCAUCUCGGAUCUCCAAAGGGAUUGCGCUGUGCAGGAUUUACACGACUUUAUUGGAAGCAGUCCCUGAUGAUGAGUCGACUUCAGCAACAGUUGAAGAGGCAUUCAGCCGUUUUCUCACCAUUAUUGAGAAUCAUCAAGGACACCUCGCAGAAGCUGAACACCAAAGUCCCCAACCUAUUCCAGAAGCAAAUCCCGACGAUGAAGACCUCGGCGACAUCCCAUCUCCUAAACGAGCGAAACCUGAUGACUCAAAAUUCCCCUGGACAAUUUCGGACUUCAUUCAUGGCGCUUCACUCUCUCCGUCACUCUCUAAAUCCCUCGAGUUACUCAAACUCUAUGCUAUUGAUCCAAAAGGAACCAAACGAUCCCUCAUCAAUUCUCCCAGCUGUCCUGAGUUUCCAGAUUCGGAAUGGACCAAUGUUCUCGCAGGACGUGCUAUCAACCUUGACGCUGUCCUCACUGGAUAUUACUCAACAUCCAAUAAUGACGAACGAGUUGAGGAAAUCGGGGACUUUGAAAUUCGCUUCGGAACAGUCAAUCCAACAAAAAUUGUAUCUACUGCGGGAGAGUGGAGCAUCACUUGGAAUCGGUCGUCACGAGCUAUAUGCGCUGCUUUCCCACACAGAGCUGGCGAGCUUGCACAAUAUGCUGAGUACAUCAUUGGGCUAUUCGCCGCAACUGAUGUACACUUUCAUGAUCGUGUUAUCCUUUUUGACAAGGCUGUUCGGCGACGUGUCGGUGCUCGUCGAGACUUGGAGCUCACUGACUUCAACAAGUUCUUUGACCUUAGAUCGACCCACAUGGAUUCGAUUGGUGCCGCUGUCGUCCAACGUGCAUCCGCUGCUACCCCAGGCAAACCCUCAGCGACUUCGCGCAAAAGGCUAUCUGAACCUUGCAACCGCUGGAAUGAAGGGUUGUGCACGCUUGAGAGUACUCAGUGUCGCCGGCUUCAUGUUUGCAGCAAGUGCCUUUCAUCCGGGCACAAGAAUAAUGACUGUCCGAAGUGA